GUAGGCACCAUGUGAGAGUGCAACAGGCUGGUCCCCUACCCCUGCAGCCUGCUGCUGCGGGCGAACAGGGCUAGGAGGGGGGAUCCCUGGGAUGCAACCAGCCUCUUGCAAAGUAGCGGGACCAACGGAGAGCCGCUCCUCCGGGCCAGGAGCUGCUGUGGUGGCUGCGAGACCGCUCGCUGCAGCAGGUUCUGAAUACCCUCCGGACAAUUAUCAUGGUUAGAUGAAGAUAACAGCUAUUUGUGCACUUAAGGACAGUCCUGGAAAUAGCUGUGCAUUUCAUUUCAACAGAAAAGAGUAAGAUGGUCAGAAAUCAAGAAUGAGGAUGAACACAGCAGUAUCUCAGAAGGGCGAAAGAACCAUAAGUACAGCUGAGAACAAGAAGAGAAGCUGCAGUGGGAGUAGGACAGUGCCAAAUACUGUCCAAGAUUAGCAUUGAGCCGAGAGUUUGUUACAGGUUUGCUUCAUGGAAUUAGGGAUUUUUUUCCACCCUGUCUUAGUGGCUAAUGCAAUUUUUACCACACGAAAGAGUUAUGAGAGCCUGCAGUUCCUCACAAUUCCUUUCCACGCUACACAUCAGAGUUAAACAAGACCCUACUGCCUUUCUGAUUGCACAGGAGAAUUUAUUGUGACCUUUAGCCGCUCUCUAAUUUUACAUUUUAAAGGCUGGCUUUACUCAUGCUAGUCUCACAGAAAAGCAGCGUUGUCAAAGUGAAGCAAACAAUCACUAACCACACUUCCUGGAGCUGCAACUUAAACUGUGUCUGCCCUUAACUUAACCCAGUUGGAAACCACAAUGACUCGCCCCCUACAUCAGUCGCUUCCCUACUUUCCCCAGGUCACAGGAGUUCUGGAGAAGUUUGACCAUAGCUCUUCCUUGGCCAACCGCAUGUCAAUCUACCAGGCAGCCAACAGGACAGCCUUCAACUGGACAGACAGCGGGAUUGUUGAGUGGGAGAAGUUUGCUGAGCUGGCCAAGUAUGAACCAGAGUCCCAGAAGCCCACAGUGAAAGCUCUUCUAAUCGUGGCAUACUCAGUUAUCAUCAUCAUAUCCCUGUUUGGCAACAUGCUGGUCUGCCACGUGGUGAUGAAGAACAAGAGGACGCACUCAGCCACCAGUCUCUUCAUUGUCAACCUGGCAGUGUCCGAUAUCAUGAUCACUCUGCUCAACACUCCUUUCACUCUGGUUCGGUUUGUGAACAGCACGUGGGCCUUUGGAAAGGCCAUGUGUCAUAUCAGCCGCUUCGUGCAGUACUGCUCUCUUCAUGUCUCCACACUCACCCUGACAGCCAUAGCUCUGGACAGACAUCAGGUUAUUCUGAACCCGCUAAAGCAAAGGAUGUCGCUCACAAGAGGAAUGCUGAGCAUUUCUGUUAUCUGGCUGAUGGCAACCUGCUUCUCCCUGCCCCAUGCAAUCUAUCAGAAGCUUUUCCAGUACAACUACCGGGAAGCUACUGUCCGGAGUUUGUGUCUUCCUGAUUUUCCUGAGCCUGCAGAGCUGGUGUGGAAAUACUUGGACCUUUCCACCUUCCUCCUCCUCUACCUCUUGCCCCUUUUGAUCAUCACCAUCACCUACACAAGCCUGGCCAAGAAGCUGUGGCUGCGCAAUGCCAUUGGGGACAUCACCAAGCAGCAAUACAUCAUUCACCACAAGAACAAGAAGAAGAGCAUCAAGAUGCUGGUGUUGGUUGUGGUGGUCUUUGCUGUCUGCUGGUUCCCACUCAACUGUUAUGUAGUGCUCAUCUCCAGCCUUGGCAUCAAGACCAAAAACUCCAUCUACUUUGCUCUGCACUGGUUUGCCAUGAGCAGCACUUGCUAUAACCCCUUCAUCUACUGCUGGCUGAACGAGAGCUUCCGCUCAGAGCUCAAGUCUUUACUCAGCAUGUGCCAGAAGGUGCCUCAAACACAGGACAACGUGUUGCCCGCUGCGAUCAUGGCCUAUCGAGAGGCAUGGAUCGAGCAAGCCAGGUACAAGCAGAGGCCUUCCUCACAGAGCAUUCGCUCCACCACAAAUGUGCAGACAGUCAACACAGAUUUGUGAGUUGGAGAGUCAAGGAUGAAUGAAUUUUGCAUCUCUUGUGGGAAGUGCCAUGUCAAGCAACACUCAAAAGGAAGCACAGGAGAGAUCAAAGAGCAGAAUUACAUUUUUGAUCACGGGGUUUGGAGAGGAGGGAAGAGAAUCUAAAAAUAUACACCCAUUCGGAGGAGAAAUAAAUGGAAUAAAAAGAGAAAAGGAUUCCCUUCAAAAGUUCUCCUCACUUUGUUCCCUGAAUUUUUGGACCUUUUCACAAAUCACAAUGAAACUAUUUAGAACUUUAUAAAAAUGUUUGACAAGAGCUGUGCAGGAAACAGAUGUUUCUCCCUUUUAUUGUGACUUUCAACCUUCACAUUUCCAGUAAGGAUCUUGUGCUUAUCUGAGUUAUUGAUCUGUCCAGAUGUAACUUUUUAUUUUUUCAAACAAACCAGUGUUGGAGAUUAAAGCAUCAGGGUCCCGUCUGCUCUGUAGUGACAAAGUCCCCCACGGAAGAUGGAUUUCCUGCAUCUUGCUGCUGUCAUGACUGUGUGAUGUUUCCUAGUUACCUCUUGGUCACUUGUGCAUAACGACAUGGAGUUUCUGGCACAGUAAGAACCCAGCUGAUGUUCAAAGCUCCUGGAAAUGUUUCCUCAUCAUUAGUCUGGGAUUUUUAGUUAAUAAAAACAGAUAAUAAACUGUGUUCCUCGUUGGUCAAAUUGUGCAAGGAAAAUGGGCCUUAGAACAAAUAGAAAGUUUGUAUGUGUUAUGUGAAAUGAAUAAAAAGAUGUCACAUCCCG